AUAAUUUUAUCAAAAGAAUUAGCUGUUUAAAGUAAGAAAUAAUUGCAACUUAUUGUGGCGAACCAACAUUGAAAAUUUUACUAUGAACAAGGAACCGCCUUCAAAAUUGCUAUGGGUGGUAAAGUUUUGCCUUCGAAUAGUCUACCCAAAAUUAAAUUACCAAUCAUUCCUGGUAUAUUUAGCCAUAAAAUAUCGGAAACAUUAUAAUAAAAGAGCCAAACACAGGAAAGUCAUGGAGACUUACAAAGUUAAAACUAUAUCCGCGCCUGUACAAAGGUUAUUCGCCAAGCGAUAUUCGGACGAUAAUGCGAGUGUUAUCUCGCACAAAUGCUUAAUUAUAUCUAGAAAUCAAUACAUACAGUUAGCCACUGAAAAUCUAUUCUAUUUAGACAAUGGUGUGCUAUGGGUGACACUGAAAUUAAGCCCCAAUAAUGUAACAAAACAAAAACAGAAGCAUGAAGAAGUAAAUAAGAAGAAACUCAUGAAAUAUAAUCUUAACUUUAUAACUUCUGAAGUACAUAAAAAGCUUUGGGCCAACAUGAACUCUGGCUCAUAUAAUAACUGCAGAGUAAUGCCCAUCAUUGGUUCCAAUUGUAUUGAGGAGGAUGUGGUGGCCACAUCUGAGAUUGAGCACCACAAUAUGUUUGCCUCACUGGGCUUGAACACUACCAAUGAUCAAGACAUUGAGAUCAGUGUACAUCCUGUAAUGUCUCUAGACUAUGCACCAAAGAUAGCUGCUAUGGCAGAGGUGAGCUUAAUAGUCAAUGAAUAUGACCUCUCUAAUGAUUUCAUUAAAGAAGUGCUGAACAACUACUUUGAGGUUCCAAAGCUGCUGCACAACAAUGACAUAUUCAGCAUAGACUUGACACCGGAGACUACAGCCAAGUUUCACUACAAAUACCUUGACUUGAUGGAUUCAGUUGGAAGGCUGUAUUUAAAAUGUGUGAAGCUAAAUGGAGACUCAGAUCAGCUUCAAAAUGUGGGGAAGAUAGAUCAGCCAUUCUUCAUAGUGAAGGGAGUGACUCAGCUCACUCUGGGUGAGACGGUUCACUCUCUGAAGCCGAGGGAUGAAUACUACAGGUUUCCAGAAUGCAGUGAUAGUCAAACAAACAUCAGCACCUGUCCCACUGGACUGAGAAAUAUAUUUACUGACAUGCAGGAGACAAUCACACCAUUUCUGUCUGGAGAAUUAAAUGAAUUGACAUCAGCUUUGUCCAGCCCCAUUAUACCAAUACUGCUGCUAACUGGGGCAUCUGGAUCUGGCAAACAAAUAUUGAUCAAAACCUUAUCAAAGUACAAUGGAAUCAAUUGUCUCCGCAUUGACUGCAAUGCACUGCAGAGCUCCACUGCCAAGCAGACUGAAAGCAAAAUGAGUACAAUGAUACAGAGAGCCAAGACUGCAGCCCCUGUGUUAGUACUGAUGGACAAUUUUGAGGUAUUUGCAGUUGAUGCAGAAAAUAAUGAAGACUGUAGGCUGAUAGAAUACUUCGAGAACUCUCUGAGGGACCUCUAUCAGAACUACACAAAGCACAGCAUCAUAUUUGUUGCAGUCACAGAAAGACAAGACCUGAAGCCAAAUAUCCUCAGAAUAUUUUUAGAGAAAUUCCACAUUCCAAAACUCAGCAAUGUACAAAGAUGUGAGAUGCUAGAAUGGUUUUCUUUAGUUCAUGGUUUAAAAUUUAACCAAGCGAACAGAGAUAGUGAAGAGAAACAACAGAAGACGCAAUUAAGAUUACAUGCUGAUGAAUCAAGUGUAUCCACAGAGUGUAAGGAAAUGAUUCAAAGAGUGGCAGCCAAGACGGAAACAUUCAGAUAUGGGGACAUCGACACUUUGCUCCACUUCGCGCUCAGAGAGUCGUAUUUACAGCAACAUCACAGUUCACACGAAUCCGCCGCAGAUACUGACAUGCGAAUUGUGGAAGAGAAACACUUCGACUCUGCUUUAGAAUCAAUGAGAAGUCUCCAAAGCCAACAUUUGGAUGCUCCGAAAAUACCAAAAGUGUACUGGGACGACAUCGGCGGCUUGGACAAGCUCAAGAAGGAGUUGCUGAAAACCAUCGAGUUUCCUAUCAAAUACCCGCAUCUGUUUAAGAACUCUUCUUUGAAAAGAUCAGGCAUACUCCUGUACGGUCCGCCGGGCUGCGGCAAGACGCUGGUGGCUAAAGCUGUGAGCACAGAGAUGAAUGUCAGCUUCCUGAGCGUCAAAGGACCGGAACUACUCAACAUGUACAUUGGGCAGUCAGAAGAGAAUGUUAGAAAAGUGUUCUCGACGGCCCGCGCGUCGUCGCCGUGCAUCGUGUUCCUGGACGAGCUGGACGCGCUGGCGGCGCGGCGCGGCGCGGCGGGCGACUCGGGCGGCGCCGCCGACCGCCUCGUCAGCCAGCUACUGGCCGAGCUGGACGGAGUCGCCACCGGGGAAGACGCGGACCCCACGAGCUUCGUGUUCAUAAUCGGCGCGACGAACCGGCCGGACCUGCUGGAGCCGUCGCUGCUGCGCCCCGGCCGCCUCGACAAGCUCAUCUACGUGGGCCCCUACUGCGGGGUCGAGGAGAAGACUAAGGUGCUCAAGUCGCUGUGUCGGAGUCACAAUGUGGACGCGGCGGUGUCGCUGGAGCUGGUGGCGGAGGCGCUGCCCGAGCGCGUCACCGGCGCUGACCUGCUGCAGGUGGUGAGCACGGCCCGCGCCGCCGCCGUGCGCGCGCUCGUACACAAACUGCAACAAGGUUUGCUGAAGGAGAGUGAGCUGAGUGCCGACUCGGUGGUGAUCUCAGUGUCGGACAUGCAGCGCGGGGUCGCGGCGUUCCGCUGCUCCGUCACUGACGAAGAACUGGCCUAUUACGAGGCGUUGAAACACCAAAUGUAGACUGUAGAGUCACCGCAGUACAGUGUAACACUUUGUGAUUUGUGAUAUACUGAUAGACGUACGAGUCAGUAUAUGUAAGGCAAUGAAGUUUUUGAUGUGAAGUAGGUACAGUCGUCUUUAUCAGUCGCUGUACACUGUUCUACCUUGAACCUAAUGUUAAAGUAAAAUGACUAGGCUAGUUUGACAAGGUACAAAAGUGUAUUGUUUAACAAAGUAGGUAUACGAACGAAAAAGGCGUAUGGCCAUAAGUACGGCUCACUUACUCAACGUCUAUCAUACUAUUUAAAAAAAUAGGUUUUGUUAAGACUGUUUUGACUAAAAUAUGAUCUCCAUCCAACCUGCGACGCCUGGAUAUUGACUAGUAACCUUUCAGCAAACUGUUGUUGUUGUUGGGCAUAAUCAUGAAAUGUGACGUGAUAAGGGAUAUAAUUAUUAUGUUGUUAUUUGUGAUAUUUUAAUUGUAUAUUUUUAACGCUUGUUGGGUAAUUUUAAGAAUAAAAACUUUGUUACUAUUGA